UGUAAGAAAAAAUAUAUAUAUAUAUCCCUCGUAUUACCAGAAAUUUUCAAGUUUCGACAGCCUAGGUAACUAUUACUUGAACCAAAAUAAAAAGGUUUCUUUUUUUUUUGACCCCAUCGUUAAUAGUAAUUACUUCCUGGUGAAGCAUUACAUCAAAUUAAAGUUUUCACCUGUUUCCUGCCAACUGUACAUCGAGCAAAGAAAAAUUACCAAACUUACUGAGACCCUUCAUUUAACCACCACUUCCAUUUUCACACCAUUCAAAUUCAAAUUCCCAUUCCUCCAUAGCCACCCCACCACCCUUCCUCCAUCCAUAACCAAUGGAAUCUGCUCCCGAGGUCAUCCAUGGCGGCACUCUCCUCCAUUCCACUCAAUUACUCAAACCCCUUCGCUUCACUUUCUUUCAACUUCAAAUCCUUUUCGUUCUCCUAACUUCCAUUGAAGCCUAUCUUUUCUUAGAAGGAUGGAAUCCCAUUUUCCAUAUCUUCCCGCUGUCUUCUCUUGUCGUCUUCAUCAUAAUCAUCAACCACCCUUCCAUCUUGAAUAUUGCUCCUCGUUCAGUCUAUUUAGUUGACUUCUCAUGCCUCAAACCGCCUAGUUUCUUCAGGGUUCCCUUCUCUACUUUCCUUGAAAAUGCUACUUUGAUGGAUAUUUUUGACAGUGAGAGCCUCUGUUUCAUGGCCAAAACUCUUAAAUCCUCUGGACAAAGUGAAGAAACAUGCCUCCCUCCAGCCCUGCACUUCAUUCCACCCAAAACCCAUCAACAGGAAUCCAUUAAUGAAGCCCAUAUGGUUCUGUUUCCUGUCAUGGACGAUCUUUUGACCAAAACCCAUCUCUCUCCUCGUGACAUUGAUAUUCUGAUCGUCAAUUGCAGUGGCUUUUGUCCUUCUCCUUGUCUGUCCUCCAUAGUUAUCAACAAAUAUUCCAUGAGAAGUGAUAUUAAGAGCUUCAAUCUCUCCGGAAUGGGGUGCAGUGCCAGUGCUGUUGCCAUUCAUUUAGCUGAAAGUCUCCUUCAAGUUCACAAAAAUUCGAAUGCCGUUGUACUCAGUACAGAAAUUUUGUCGAACGGUUGGUAUGCAGGAAAGGAACGCUCAAAAUUGAUCCUUAAUUGCCUCUUCCGAAUGGGCAGCGGAGCCAUUCUGCUCACCAAUAGAAAAGAGGCGAAGGAUUCUUCAAAAUAUAAACUAUUUAAAACGGUUCGAACACAGAGAGCUUUCGACGAUAAAAGUUACCUUUCAGCCAUACGCGAAGAUGACAUGGACGGAAAGCUCGGCGUCACUCUCACAAGGGAUUUACUCCAGGUUGCCGGAGAAACUCUCCGGUCAAACAUAACCAUUCUGGGUGAUUCAGUCUUGCCGUUGUCGGAGAAACUACGGCACGGCGUUUCGAGGCUCGGAAAGCGAUUUCUGGACAAAUCGCAAGAAAUCUACGUGCCCAAUUUCAAGAGUGUGAUUCAGCAUUUCUGCUUGCCGGUAUCGGGAGGUCCGGUGAUACGGGAGAUCGGAAAAAUGCUGAAGCUUAAGGACAAGGACAUGGAAGCGGCAUUGAUGACUCUGCAUAGAUUUGGGAACCAGUCGUCUUCUUCGCUGUGGUAUGAACUCGCGUAUUUGGAAGAUCAAGAAAGAAUUGGAAAAGGGGACAGAGUCUGGCAAUUAGGGAUGGGCACUGGGCCCAAAUGUGUUAGUUUGAUUUGGGAGUCUAUACGGCCCAUUGUUGGAGAGUCCAACAAUGAUCCAUGGGCCGAAGUAAUCCAGAAUCCAAUUUCAGGCCCACCAACCUAGCUCUUCGGGUUUAUCUCAAGAGAGAGAGAGAGAAGAAAAAAAUAACGUUUUUUGUUUUAUUUAAUCGUGCCCUUUGUAUGAUUUAUUUGUCCUUUUGA